GACCAGCUUCCCUUUGCCCCUUUCUUCUAGAUGGUCACCACAUCUGGGAGAUGGAGGCGAAGAUGGACAGAGACCUGUGCAAGCCGAACUCGCUGGUGGUCGAGAUCCCGCCUUUCCGCAACCAGAGAAUAACCAGCCCCGUGCAAGUCAGCUUCUAUGUCUGCAACGGGAAGAGAAAGAGAAGUCAGUACCAGCACUUCACCUACCUUCCUGCGAACGGUAACGCUCUCUUUCUAACCUUAAGCACUGAGAAUGAACCAAGGGGGCACUUUUUCUAAAAGACACAGGAAUGCCGAGAUGCUGUUGCCAUGGAACAGUGUGGUUGCCUUGUAGGUUUAAGCUGCGUUAUCAUCCUGUUAGCAAGACCGUGUCCUCAAUUCUUAAAAAAAGAAGUGAAGCUUUCCGUGUAUUUCCCUUUAUUACUGCUGUGGGUGGGGGCUGCAUAUUGGGGUAAUUACCGACCGUUUUGCUGGCUGCUUGCAAAUAUAGAACAGCCCGGGGGAGAAAGAGUACAGCCCUUCUGUGCUCAAAAGCUGAGGUGGUCUAGGUGUGUGUUUAAAUUCUAUAGAUGUUUAAGGUGGAAAAGCAAAUAGUUACAAUUAUUUUGCAGGUGCCUUUAGAAAUAAAUCUAUGCUAUUGAGCCUAAA